GUGAUCGACGAGGAAAACGUUUUCGUUUUGAUCGUGACAUCCACGUGAAAGCCAACCAAAUUUUAUUGGUUUGGAGGUUCACGUGUAGGAGAGAAUCUGGUAAGCGAGAUGGAGUAGAGAAGGGCGGGCGAGCUUGAAAUCUACCAGUUGUUGAUUCUUGGUCUUGGCCUCGGAUCGUGAGCUUUCCGUGCACCGUUCGUUGUUAAUGGCGGAGGUCCGAGCUCGUGCCCCCGGCAAGAUCAUCCUCUCCGGUGAGCACGCCGUCGUCCACGGCUCCACCGCCGUCGCCGCCGCCAUUGACCUCUACACCCACGUCUCCUUCCGCCUCGAUUCCCCCCUUCCCCCUGAGAAUGGUGAUGGAUCCGUAGAAUUAGAGCUUAAGGAUAUGGCCUUGGUGUUUUCUUGGUCGUCCUCGAGAUUAAAGGAGGUGUUGGGGGACGGUUUUGCUGAUUCUUCAACCCCAGUUUCGUGCUCGCCGGGACGAAUCAAGUCGAUUGCUGCCCUCGUCGAAGAACAGAACAUCCCGGAAGCCAAAUUUUGGCUUUCUUCCGGGGUUUCCUGUUUUCUCUAUCUCUACACCUCGAUCCAUGGCUACAAGAGAGGAAAAGUGGUUGUCACGUCGGAUCUGCCUCUGGGAUCGGGGCUUGGUUCAUCUGCUUCAUUCUGCGUUUCGGUCGCUGGUGCUCUGCUUGCUUUAUCUGAUGCCAUAAGCGUCGACACCUCGCAGACUGAAUGGUUUAAAUUUAGCAAGAAUGAGCUUGAACUGGUGAAUAGAUGGGCAUUCGAAGGGGAAAAGAUUAUUCAUGGAAAGCCAUCAGGCAUUGAUAACACCGUAAGCACAUUUGGUGGCAUGAUUCAGUUCAGGUCGGGUGAGUUGACUCACAUCAAGUCGAGUGCUCCUCUAAGAAUGCUCAUCACUAAUACAAAGGUUGGGAGGAACACAAAAGCACUGGUUGCUGGUGUAUCUGAAAGAGCAUCCAGGCAUCCGGAUGCUAUGGCUUCUGUGUUUACUGCAGUCGAUUUUAUUAGCAAGGAAUUAUCGGCCAUUAUACAAUCACCUGCUCAAGAUGACAUAUCCAUCACUGCAAGAGAAGAAAAGAUAGAGGAGUUAAUGGAAAUGAAUCAAGGUUUACUCCAGUGCAUGGGGGUAAGCCAUGCUGCUAUAGAGAUGGUGCUUCGAACCAUGCUGAAGUACAAAUUAGCUUCCAAGCUGACCGGGGCUGGUGGUGGAGGGUGUGUUUUGACACUGCUGCCAACAUUGCUAUCUUGCACGAUCAUCGAUAGGGCUAUUGCUGAGCUCGAUUCAUGCGGCUUCCAGUGCUUGAAGGCUGAAGUUGGUGGGAGAGGUCUUGAGAUUUGUUUCAGCUGAUUACUUGAUUUUCUGGAUCCGGAAAGUGCCCUGUUUUGGUUGCGUAACAUGAGGAAUUUGGGGAUGAGGAUGCAAUUAAAGGACAAGGUUGACUUGUGUUCCUCUGAACUCCAGCAGUCCUUUUGACCUUUAUUCAUGCUCCUUAGCUGCUGUUCUGUAAACUUCACCUAUUUUUGCCUUUGUGAACUUUCUUAUCGAAUAAAUAAGAUAUUGUCCUUCGCAGAUCAGCAUUGUUUCUUCC